AUGGCGCCGAAAUUGACAGCCCAGGAAGUUAUUGACCGUCAUGCGUCAACUCUUGGCCAUCACAAGCGUAUUCCCACCUUUGCUGAAAUGCAAGAGCAAGGGAUCGAGCUUCCGCACAUCCUGAUUAUCAGUUGCGCCGAUCCACGGUGUAUUCCGGAGAAUAUUUUCCAGUUAAAAACUGGAGAAGUAGUUGUGUGCCGAGUUGCUGGCGGGAAUGCCCAGCUCGUUGUGAAUUCCCUCCUUUCGAUUGAUACACUUCUCAACUUUACUGAUGUCAUCAUUGUCCAACACACCAACUGCGGAGCAACAAUGUAUAGAGACAAUGUGGUCAAGGGGGAAUUGCAGAAGCGCGCCCCGAGUCUGGAGGCAGAGAUCAACAGCAUGGAAUUUUACGAGAUAACUGGCUCCCUGGAGGAAAAUGUAAAGAAGAGUAUGACAUUCUUGAAGGAAUCCCCGUUUGUCCCAGAGUCGCUGAAGUCCAGUAUUCGGGGAUUUGUCUUCCACAUUGAUAGUGGAGAGCUCAAGGAAGUCACCUUUUAG